UCUCCCCGGAAGGGUACCCCGAGCGCUGGACCCUUACACCCACGGACUGGGCGAUGGUGCUCAAGUCCGCGAGCAUGGCCGCCAAUACCAAGCCCCAUCCAGAGAGCGAUACCCAAGGGCCACCUCAGCUACUCUCCGCUGCUUCCGGUGCGGAAGUCUCGGCCACUUUCGCCGGGACUGCACCCGGCGGGUUUCAAACGACAAUUCGGGAAACGAGCAGUCUCGGCCCAGCCUCACGAGCAGCCCCGCCGGGGGCCUCCUGUGAUGAGCCCGAUGUUGCAGCACCUGGUGUGGCGCCCGCUCGAGCGCCCGAUGACGCUCCCGCUCCCGGAUUACGCGGCGACGCUCUCGCAGGCGCUCGCGGAGAUGCCCCAGGUCCCGGCGUGGCGCCCGCUCGAGCGCCCGAUGACGCUCCCGCUCACGGAUUAUGCGGUGACGCUCUCGGCGGCGCUCGCGGAGAUGCCUCCGGUAGUACCAGCGCCGGUGCUUUCCCCGAGGUUUCCCACGGAGCGGUUCUCGGUGGCGUCCUGGUCCCCGACGAGACAACUCCGGAGAACAGACGUGACGACAACGGCUGCUCGCAGGAAGUGGCAGCGGCGUGGCCGCCCGUCGUCCACCCACAUGCCAGAAAAAUGGCUGAUGCGACCACACCAGCGCGGCCUUCUGGAAAACCCGUAGACAAGUGUAUGGCCCGUGCGGUCCAACCGGAACCCCGUGCCCACUACCGAACGGUGACCUGGGCGGGUCUACGAGACGUGACAAUCCUCAGCAUUUCAUUGAUCAUGGGAAUCCUAGCGACCAUGGUAUCAUGGGCAUGCCACCUCGACGCAGCAACACCCAUUCCUUCCGACGCUCUCGGAGCCGCUCCCGAUCCCCCCUACGCCCCCAAUUCAACCCACGGGGCCACUCGCGCCGCGCCAGGCGACAUAACCGCCGUCAGCAACCGCCACGCACUGCCGAGGCUGCCACCUGGUGCGUGAUGGAGGCCGGUCGAAUGGUCACAUUCGCGUCCCGGAUGGCCUGGGAACACCAACCUCAAGUGCCACAAGGGACUGCACCAGAAGACGUUCCCCAUCCCUUCCGGCGACGGACACUGACGGAGCGCUGUGCUGCAGAUCUACCCGCCGCCUACGACGAGGAAGAAUAUGCCGACAUCUGUGAACUUUGCCGCGUCCCACUCAUUUCAUGCGAACAACAUCAUCAAGGAGCACUUCACCACGACCGAGAAGACCGCCAGCGGGCGCUGGUGCGAGCUGAAUCACGGGCCCUUACACCUGCCGACAUCGAGGCCGCCCUCCUUAUUGUUGGCCGUGCCUGCCCCGAACGCCUGCGCCGAACACUACCCUUACCACCAGAACUGGCGAACAUCAGACUCAGCGACGACGAAAUGUAACCAACUGAUUAGGAAACUCCCUGCCCCCCCCCCCCCCUGCCAAGAGGGGGAUGAUGUGGGGAUCGAAAAGAAGAAGAAUAAAGAUGCCUCGUGAGGCAGACCGAACUAGCUCGCGCUCAGGACGAGCGCGGGGUAGAACGGGCGUAGACACCAGUGAAGCGGCUGUCUUUU